UGCGCGUCCAUGAUCGAGAAUGACAACAAAGCAAACUAUACUUUUACGUGUCUUGCUUUUGACUGUAUUUGGUCUUUUGGGGUUUAUUAUUGGUUUAAAUUACGGAUGUAGUUACUUAGUACUUAUACCAAGAGACGAAAAUAUCCUUCCUAGCCAGGCAGAUGAAAUCAGUUCUGUAGAUAUAUCUAUCGAAAGAGCAAAGUUUCAGAGAAAUGAACGAGUGUUUACUUUGCGGAAAUGCUGUAAAGAAUAUGGUUUUGAUGAAUUUCCAGAAGAACGGUCUGCACAGCUCUUGAGGAAUGUCAUAGUGGACAGGAAGAAUCGCUUUCUUUACUGCUACGUGCCAAAAGCUGCAUCUUCGAAUAUGAGACGGUUGGUAUUAGCAUUGCAAGGAAGAGUGGAGAACCCAGAUGCUAUCGAAGAGUUUGACCGCCGAGGAUUUGAAUUUCUCGGUGAUUUUAAUGCAUCCCAAAGAAAUGAAAUGAUAAAAACAUACUUCAAAUUUUUGUUCGUACGCCAUCCCCUAGAGCGACUUGUCUCAGCUUAUAGACAUCGUGUGGUUGGAAAACGAACUGACCUGCAUAGGAGGUACGGCAUAUACAUCGUGAAAAAAUACCGUGGCCUUAAUUCAUCUGAACCAGUAAAAGGUGAUGAUGUCACAUUUCGAGAGUUCAUUAAAUACCUCUUGGAUACAAAAACUGACAACAUGAAUGGACACUGGAAACCCAUUUUUAAUAUCUGUCAUCCGUGUUUGAUUCCUUAUGAAUUUAUUGGCUCUGUUCAAAACGUAGAUAUUGACGCGAGCGCACUUCUGGAAAAAAUAAAUUCUUCAAGAAAAGUUUCGUUUCCUAAAAGGCAAGAAUAUUACAAUCCCUUGACUAAGCAAGAGGCAUUGUUUUAUUACAGAAACGUAACGUAUCGUGAGAUGCAGCAAUUACGGUGGUUAUAUAGGAAAGAUUUUCAAUGCUUUCUUUUUGGGCGUGAACAUCAAAUUCAAACUCUUCCAAAAUAAUUUUUAGCUAUAU